CAAAUGAAAAGGCCAACCAGAAAACAAGAAAGAUAUGGUUGAGAGUGUGAGAGUGUAGUUCAUGGACAGAACCCAAAGAAGAAAAGUGGGGUCACUUGUUAUCCUUCUUCCCUUCAACUGAGACUCACAAUCAAGAUAUGGUUUUCACACCAUCAUUAAACAUACCCUUCAUUCAUCUUCAUCUUCAUCUUCAUCCUCAUCUUCAAUGGCAGGUGGUGUUGCAGCAGUGCAGCACAAUUUCAAACAAUACCCUUCUGUCUCACUUCUUCCCUCUUCUCAAUCCACCUUUUGUGGCACCAAAUUCAUCACCUCCAUUCAGUAUAAGAGGAAAGUAUGUCAACCGAAAGGAGCUUUGAAUGUGACAGCAUCAAGCUCCAAGAAAAUUCUUGUAAUGGGAGGCACACGUUUCAUCGGUAUCUUUCUUUCCCGAAAACUUGUUGAAGAGGGCCAUCAGGUAACUUUGUUCACUAGAGGAAAAGCACCCGUCACACAACCUUUGCCCGGUGAAGCAGAUGACGCUUACAAUGCUUUUAAAUCCAAGAUACUGCACUUGAAAGGUGAUAGGAAGGAUUAUGAUUUUGUGAGGACCAGUGUUGCUGCUGGAGGCUUUGAUGUGGUCUAUGAUAUAAAUGGGCGUGAGGCAGAAGAGGUGGAGCCUAUAUUAGAUGCAUUGCCGAAUCUAGAACAGUACAUAUAUUGCUCUUCAGCCGGUGUUUACCUUAAAUCUGACCUUUUACCGCAUCGUGAGAUAGAUGCAGUUGAUCCAAAAAGCCGACACAAGGGGAAGCUUGAAACAGAAGCCUUAUUAGAAUCAAAGGGUGUUAACUACACUUCUAUAAGGCCCGUUUAUAUUUAUGGCCCGUUGAACUACAACCCUGUCGAAGAAUGGUUUUUCCAUAGGUUGAAAGCGGGCCGACCCAUCCCAAUUCCCAACUCGGGUUUACAAGUAACCCAACUUGGUCAUGUAAAGGAUUUGGCUACAGCGUUUAUUAAGGUUUUGGGGAAUGCGAAAGCAAGCAAGCAAGUUUACAACAUAUCAGGAGAUCGAUAUGUUACCUUUGAUGGAUUAGCAAGGGCUUGUGCUAAGGCUGGUGGAUUCCCUGAGCCUGAGCUCAUUCAUUAUAAUCCUAAGGAGUUUGAUUUUGGGAAAAAGAAAGCCUUUCCAUUCCGGGACCAGCAUUUCUUUGCAUCUGUGGAGAAAGCGAAAGAGGAGCUUGGAAUCGUACCUGAAUACGGGUUGGUUGAAGGUUUGACCGACUCGUAUAACCUGGAUUUUGGUCGUGGAACGUUUAGAAAAGCAGCCGAUUUCAGCACAGAUGAUAUAAUUCUUGGCAAGAGCCUUGUUUUAAGCUGAUUUUAUCCUCAGCGGUUCAAAAGAUUAUCGAGUAAUGAAUACUGUAAUUGUGUAAAAAGAUCAGUUUGUUUGUUGAUUCAUUUGACAGAUUUCAACAGAUAAAAGAACCAUUCGUUUUCCAUCAACUUUUUUGUCAUAUAUAUGUCAAAACUUACUAAA